AUGCAUUCAACCCCCGAAAACAACAAAAACACAAUUACUAACUCACAUACGGUAAAAAUAUGCGUGAAUGACAUACGUUGUCCCAUCUUCCUCGGUCGAACAUCUUCAUACCCAUCGAUUUGGUCCAUCUGUCUUCAAACCUUUUGUCAUCCUGCAUUUGUAGAGGCACUUGAUCAGCUCAGUCGUCAGCCGCAAUCCCUGGAUGAGUUGACCGCAGCCCAGAUUAGAGCCGGAGAACUCUCAAAGGCCCAGUCGCACCUGCUGAACCAAUUGACCUGUGCCGAAGGCAAGGAUCGACUGUUGCGCUCUGUUGCAGGACAUGGUGUGCCGGCUGUAAUGACCACACGGACAAAGUGGGAUAAAUUUCAAGUGAUGAUGGAGAGCUAUCAGCUGAUGAUGGAGGAACAAAUUGAGGUGAGCUCAAUGGCAAAUACAAAAUACAAAGCAGUAUAG